CACCAACCCCUCAUCGUCAUAAGCCCACGCGCAUUAUCGUUGUCGCGUGCCGAUUUGACUCCGAAUACUUUGCGCGCCGUAUGAUGAUCUCUUUGCCUUCAUCUUGCACUGUCUUGUACUACUUUUUCUCAAGCCCUUAAAUAUUCCUACACCAUAGCUCGGUGUUCUUUCGCGCGAACGGCGUCCCUCCUCGCGCAUUUACGGCACAACCACCUCGGAACUUCAACAACCAAUUGUACGCGACGCGCAUACCGGAAAAUCUCUAGUGCAAGCGGAAGAAUUAGGUACUCCCCACUGCAAUACAAAGCAGCAAUUUACAAACGCCAAAUUUCUACAACAACUAUGGCGAUUCAAGAGAUCUCUGCGAAGAGCGCUGAGCCGCAGCCGGUGCCCAAGGAGCAGGUGACAGAUGAUUCACAAGAGCAGCUUCUCGACGAGGAGAAGCUCGGGAAAGUGUUCAUUGGUUCAAUCGAUCAGGGAACCACAAGUACAAGAUUCAUUAUCUUUGAUGGCAUGGGCGAGCCCGUUGCGCAACAUCAGAUCGAGUUCACUCAACAUUACCCACAGUCGGGAUGGCACGAGCAUGAUCCCUAUGAGCUCGUCAGCUCUGUUGAGACAUGUAUAGAGAAGGCCACUGGCAUCUUCGAGGACAUGAACUACGACAUCUCAGACAUCAAAGCUAUAGGAAUCACCAACCAGCGUGAAACCACUGUCGUAUGGGACACCAAUACUGGUGAGCCACUUUACAACGCAAUCGCAUGGCCCGACACAAGAACCAAGGGGUUGGUGCGAGAGCUCAAGAACAGGGAAGGAGCGGACGAACUGCUUGGGUUGACUGGACUGCCGCUGUCUACAUACCCAGCCUCGGUAAAGCUUGUUUGGCUCAUCGACCAUGUCGAGGAGGUCCGCAAAGCUUAUGAGGAAGGUCGCUUAUCGUUCGGUACUGUUGACACCUGGAUUCUGUACAAUCUGAACGGUGGAAAGGAGCGCGACAUCCACGUCACGGACUGCACAAAUGCAUCGCGAACUAUGUUCAUGAACCUGCACACGGUACAAUAUGACGACAAACUUUUGGACUUCUUCAAGCUCGAUCGCAAGAAGCUGAACCUGCCCAAGAUUGUCCCAUCGUCUUCCCCCGAUGCUUUCGGUUCCCUCGCAAGAGGUAUUCUUAAGGGUGUACGGAUAGCUGGUUGUCUUGGUGACCAGUCGUCCGCAUUGGUCGGCCAGCAAGGAUUCACGCCUGGAUCCGCGAAGAAUACAUAUGGAACUGGUUGUUUCUUGCUGUACAAUGUCGGUGAGAAGCCUGUCAUCUCGAAACAUGGCCUGCUCGCAACAAUUGCAUACGACUUCGGCGGAAAGCGCAAGCCUGUGUACGCCCUCGAGGGAAGUAUAGCUGUCGCUGGUUCUGGUGUCAAGUUCCUGAUGAACAACAUGGGUUUCAUCACACAUUCGCACAAGAUCAGUGACCUUGCAGCGAGUGUCGAGGACAAUGGAGGCUGCGUUUUCGUUACAGCUUUCUCCGGCCUCUUCGCGCCCUACUGGAUCGACGACGCGAAGGGCACAAUUUUUGGUAUCACACAGUUCACAGAGCAGGGUCACAUUGCGCGAGCGACCCUCGAGGCCACAUGCUUCCAGACCAAGGCCAUUCUCGAUGCCAUGGAGCUGGACUCUGGGCAUAAGCUUAACAUGCUGGCUGUUGACGGUGGUAUGAGUAACAGCAACCUCUGCAUGCAGACACAAGCGAACAUCAUCGGUAUCCCAGUCGACCGCCCCGCUAUGCGCGAAACCACAGCGCUCGGUGCCGCCAUCGCGGCUGGCUUCGCAGUUGACGUAUGGAAAGAGUUUGACGAGCUGAAGGAGAUCAACCAGAAGGACCGCAUGGUCUUCGAGCCCAACGUCAGCCAGGAGGAAGGUGCGAAGAUGUUCAAGAAGUGGGACCGUGCUGUACAGAUGUGCAGAGGUUGGCUCGAUGCCGACGAGGCUAACGGCGAGUUCUCGUAGUUUGUACAUAGUUGAGCGCACUCAUAUAUCCCAACGCAUAUUCUUAUACCGUA